GACGUUUCGUCAUGGCUUUCCUUUCCAACCAACUGCCAUGGCUUACGAUCCGGUGCAGAGAUUACUGGCAAUCGGUUCGAAAUGCGGUUCCCUACGAAUAUUGGGCCAGCCGGGAGUGGAUGUGCACGUCCGACACGACAUGGACGGCCCUCCAGGCUCCGCCGCCGUCCUUCAUCUCCAAUUCCUCGUCAACGAGGGAGCCCUUAUCUCGGCCACCGCAGACGACACGCUACACCUUUGGAACUACCGACAGAGGAUUCCGCAGAUCGUGCAGAGCCUCAAGUUCCAAAAGGAAAGGAUUACGUACAUGCAUCUUCCGUUGCAGUCGAAGUGGCUGUACGUGGGCACGGAACGGGGAAACGUUCACGUAGUUCAAAUUGAAAAUUUCAACCUUUCCGGUUACGUAAUAAAUUGGAAUAAAACCAUAGAAGCAUCGCGAAAAACCCAUCCCGGUUGUAUAAUACAUUUAAGUGAUAACCCAUUAGACGCUAGUAAAUUGUUAAUUGGAUUCGAAUCUGGACAGGUAGUUAUGUGGGACCUUAGGAGUAAAAUAGUGGACAUGAGGUGGUUGACUAGCGAAUUAAGGUCCGUUACGUGGCACCAUGAAGGAAAGCAAUUCAUGUGUUCACACAGCGACGGUACAUUGACCACGUGGAGUUUAAAAUCACCGUUGAAAUACAUACAUAUAUCUCAACCUCAUGCGAAAUUUACCAAAGAUGGAAAACCAGAACAGUGCAAACCGAUAUCCAAGGUGGAAUGGAAAACGUCUAGGACGGGGGAAGCAUAUGUGAUAUUUUCUGGUGGGAUGCCUUAUGACCAAGCUAGUAGAACUCCUUGUAUAACUGUUGUAUAUAGUAAAACCACUACCGUUCUCGAAAUGGAACACAACGUAAUAGAUUUCAUAAUUCUUUGCGAAUCCCCUUAUCCUAGUGAACUCCAAGAACCCUACGCAAUCAUAGCUCUUCUCCAAAACGAUUUAGUUAUAAUGGAUCUCCAAUCGCCCGGUUUUCCGUGUUUAGAGAACCCCUAUCCGAUGGAUAUACACGAAUCGCCCGUCACGUGCUGUAGUUAUUUAGCGGAUUGCCCCGCCGAUCUCAUACCGGCCUUCUACUCGGUGGGCAGAGCGGGGGCGAUGAAAAAAAGCGGAUUUUCCGAGAUGGAUUGGCCCGUCAACGGCGGCACGUGGCCGGCGCACGCUUGCACCUACGCGGAAAUCAUCAUGACCGGACACGCCGAUGGCAGCGUGAAAUUCUGGGACGCCAGCGCCGGCACGUUGCAGGUCCUGUACAAACUGAAAACCGCCAAGGUAUUCGAAAAACCGAAGUCCAGAUCGCUCGAAUCCGAAGACGAUCCGUUCGCCGUUCAAAUCCUCUCACUCUGUCCCGAAUCGAGGAAAUUGUGCGUCGCCGGCGCCUCCAGCCACGUCAUUCUGUUCACGUACAAAAAGACCGAAACCGCCGACGAGGUGACCGUGCUCGAAGUGCCCAUCACCUACGAGGUGCCCGAAGAGGGCGAAAUAUCGCCGGACUGUCAAUUCUCGGGGCCGGGAAGCGCCGGCUCCGGCACCAAAUUAGACAUGCUGGACUUCGACAAUAAGAAGGACGCUAUCACGUUGAAAGUUAAAACGGGCGUGCAGAAGAAACUUCCCGGAUUUCAAGCGCAAUUAGUGUGUUUAACGCCUUGGAAUAACGGAGAACCUCCUAGUCAUAUUACUGCUUUAACAAUUAAUAGUUCAUACGGAUUAAUGGCGUACGGCAAUGAAGCCGGCAUUGUGAUAAUAGAUAUAGAGCAAAGGGUGUGUCUUCUGAACGUCGGCAGUCCGGAUUUGUACGGCGCCCAGGAUCCCUAUUCGCGCGUGCCGAGGAGCCCGAAGAAGAGCCAAGUGGUGACCGAAACGUUGCCGGUGAACGCCGAUAGGGAGGAGAAGCAGCCGCGAAGCCCGAGCAUCGAUCAGAUGGGAAGAUCCCCAGAAAGUCCAUUUUCCUUUGCCCCUUGCCCCACACCUGUAGAGCAAGCCACCGAAGCGUUGGAAGAGGAGAAAGCCAUGCCCAUACCGCAGAACCGUCGGAAAUCCUCGACCUGGAAGGGUUUCAAUCUGAAACGUCAAUUAUCUAGGGUAGAUAUCAAAAUAAAGAAUUCCCUCAAAGAUAAGAGGGGCAGCAUAUUUUACAAUGACGCCAACUCGGGACCUGAAUGUCCGGAGGAGAACGUCGAAGACGCCGAAACCACGUCGCCGGAAUCCGAUGAAAAUACAAUUGUAGACAAUCAAAGCGUUAUCGAUUUGAACGUGAAACGCGAGGACCAAAUCGCCGCGGCCGCCCUGGAGAACGACAUUAUCGAGUAUUCGCCAGAAGAAGAACCGGAAUUUCCUCUGAUGGUCGGAUCGUUAGGUAAUUCGGCGGAAUGCCAAAGAAGAAAAAUGGGUUCGAUCACGAGGCCUGAUAACUUGGAACUGAGCGAAGAUGGCUUGCCGAUACGCCCGCCGAGGCAAAAGAAAAAACAGCAGCAAGACAAGAGGGACCAAAGACUGUUGUCAGUGCCUAAUAUUAAAUUCCAAAGAGCGGACGCUCAAAAUUACAGAGAUUUAAGGGAUAAGGAUGAAAUAAACGCCGUUAGCCCGCAAGCCACUUUCACCGGAAAUCUUAGGCGACGUUUCAGAUGUACAAGUAUAUCAAAAGCUAUCAAUGAUUAUACAUGUGUUUGUGUAUCAGGUCGCAUAGACAAACUGGACAGCUCGUUUUCGAGAUCGAGAUCGUCAUCGAUGAGCUCAUUGGAGAACAUCACCUCCGAAUCGAUCCAAUGCCUCGCCUUCGUCGAUUCCUACAUGAAAAAAUCCGAACAAUCAUUAACCCCGACUCUAUGGGUAGGAACCAGUCUGGGCUCGGUGAUAACGAUUUACAUAACACCACCAGACGCCGAUAGUCGAUCUUCGCAACCGGUGGUCGUCUCUUUAGUCGGAGCCACCAUUUUCAGACUGAAAGGAUCCAUUUUAACCAUGUCAUUCCUCGACUGCAACGGGUCCCUCAUACCGUACUCCUUCGAAUCCUGGAGGGACGAACAAAGAGAGAAGCGAGACAGAACACCUACGAGAAACAACAUUCGGAUGAGCCCCACGCUGGGAGGUGGAGCGGAGAGCGUUCGAAGCGACAAUCUGUCGGAUAGACAAUUCGUGGUGAUGGCCAGCGAGAAGCAGGCGAGAGUGGUCGCGUUGCCAUCGCAAACGUGCGUCUACCGCCAGCAAUUAGCAGACGCCGAUUUCGUGGUGAAGGCCGAGGUCAUAUCUAUGAGGGAUAGCGUAUGCUUAGCCUGUUACGUGUCGACCGGGCAUUUAACGGCAUACAGCUUACCCAGCCUAAGGCCGCUCAUAGAUAUCGAUUUUUUACCUCUGUCGGAGCUUAGUUUUCAGACACAAUCUAACAAAGGCAUAGUAGACCCAAUGUUAUCGAUUUGGGGCCAACAACUCAUUGUAAACGAGGAUACUGACCAAAUCACGAGGACGUUCAACUUUAGCAACAGAGGACACGGAUUGUACUUAGCCUCGCCGUCGGAGCUGCAAAAAUUCACCUUAUGCAAUGAAUUUUGCUCGAACCUCACCGAGAUGAUCGGUGAACUCUUCCUGCCGAUGGAAAUGCCCGAGCCGCCGAAAGAGGGCUUCUUCAAGGGACUGUUCGGCGGAGGGAUAAGAUCGCUCGAUAGAGAAGAGCUAUUCGGGGAAUCGAGCGGGAAACCGAGCAAAGCGGUGGCGAAGCACAUUCCCGGCACGCUCACUGACCUCAACCAGAGAGCGACGACGGCAAGCAGCGAGGUGAGCAGGGCCCACAAGCUGAUGCUGGAGCGCGGCGACAAGCUCAACCAGCUGGAGGAGCGCGCCGAGAAGAUGCGAAACGAAGCCGAGAAUUUCUCGUCGUCGGCGCACGACCUAAUGCUCAAAUACAAAGACAAGAAAUGGUACCAGUUGUGA